GCAGAGUGGAUCAGUCGCCAAGCAGACGAGAUUCGCACAGCACCGUCGGACGGAGCCAUCCGAGGAGUCACAGAGUACACACCUCACAUACACACACACACACAUUGCACACACACACACACAUCGCAAUGCAGGUCAAAUGCCUGAUCAUCUGCCUCGGCCUGGGACUGCUCAUGCUGGGCACUGGGCCCGUUUGCGAGGCGCGGCGUGCCCGUGGUCGUGGACGCACCAAGUCGAGGGUCCAGAUCGGCCUACCCAUCACAGGCAAAUACCGCGAUCCCGAAUCCGAUCAGUACUACAACAAUAAUAACGGAGCCAAGAUCUUGCAGGCCUCACACUUUGAUCUGGAGUACGUGCUGGGCCACAAGAUCGCCUUCCUGUGCGUGGCCAAGGGCAAUCCGCGGCCACAGAUCACCUGGUACAAGGACGGUGCCGAGAUCUACCAGCACCUCUACAUGCACGUCCACGAGUGGACCAUCGGCGAUGACAGGGUGAAGUCCAAGAUCGAAAUCGACCCCGCCACACAGAUGGACGCAGGCCUCUACGAGUGCACCGCCGACAACAUGUACUCCAUUGAUCGGCGCAGCUUCAAAACAGAUUUCUCCAUUGCCUUCGACUGAUCGACGAUCGCCGAUCGCAUCAGUUCGGGGCGUGGCACCAUAGCCUUAAGCAAUAAAAUUGAUCCACCUAA